AUGCGACUUCAACAAGCGACGAACAACCAAGUUGGACUAACCUCUACCAUCCGCGAGGGAUGGUUUGAUGAACUUCGGAGAAUUGCACAGUGCUUUAUCGCAGCACAACAGGCCAGCGCCAGAUUGGAGCAGGCCGUCAAUACGGAGCGUGCCCAGCUACAGGGCUCUCUUUCGUCCGCUCUGAACGAACGUGAUGUCAGAGCUUCUGAGCGCGAUGCUGCAGAACAGGAAGUCAAGUUUCUCCGUGGCCGCCUAAAUGAGCUGACGAAUGAGAUGCAAGAGUACCGAACAGGAAAUAACGAUAAUCAGGCAACGACCGGAUCAGCCAGAAGCCGCGAUAGCUGGGCUGUGACUGAAUUUCUUCCGCCGAAUGGAAACGGGCCUGGGCAGAUAGAGUAUCUUGACAAUUUCUCGAACGAAAAUUUGCCGCACCUACCUAACAAAGUUGAAGACAUGCCAUUUUCUCCUAGGCGCAUCAUCGGAGGACCGCCAGGCUACAUCAACAAUAGCUUCUCGUCGGCUGAGCAAGAGCACCCCACUGCACCUAACCAGAACCAACAGCUCAGAUCGAACACGCCUCAUAUUGCCAGCCGAGGGCCUCGAAAACAGUCAAAAUUCUUUGCCAAAAGAGGCGGUGCUGUGAUGAUCUCGCGGCCUCCCAGUGGAUAUGCAAGCAGCUCGGGAAAGAGCACUCCUGAUUUUGUCAAUGGUGGGCCAGUCCGUCGAUUCACGCAAACCCCUGGGCCAGGGAAUAAUGGGCCCUUCAAAGCACCUCCCCAACCCCCGUUUCCGCAAACGCAACAAUUCUUUGGACCUGGCAACAAUGGCCAUGCUCAUAAGAGAGCGGCCUCGUCGUUUUCGUCUGCCGAGAAUGGCACAUGUCCUCCCAACAAGAGCGAGCCAGCUGUUGGUUCUGGUCCACCUCCAUUUCUUACCAAAAACGGACGCUCAUCGGGACCGCGGGCUACGAUGGCGAACUCGACACGCGGUCAAACACCGGCCCCGCUAUCCAAGGAACUGGCAAUUGUGCGAAAUGACCAGGAGCGCAAUGGAAAAUUCGCGGCAGGUGUUGUGCACCCUUCUGGGGGCCUGGAUGCAGUGCGAGUCUAUGAUAUGUUUCAUUUCUACAACUCGAUCAAGGAUUGGGUGGACAAGUACUGCAGCGUUGUCAAUGAGAGCGCGAUGCACAACAUGAGCCGUCAACACCCGCGUCUUUGGGACUAUGCUUGCACUGUUACAUACCCCAAUAACAGACACAACGCCUCAAGCCACGCGCUUUACAUGCUUCUCAACAAGCCGUAUCGCAGUUUCUUCAUCUCACGACUUGUCAUCCAAUUUUUCGCCCAGCAGAUGUGGAACUCACAAGCGUGGGAGGGCAUGGAUGAACAGCUGACAGAUUUGCUAAUCAGUGUCAAGCACAGGCUUGACUUCAAGUAUGGAUACGACGCUGCCUUACAGCCUCAUGAGCGCCACGCACUCGUCGAUAAGCGCUCGCGUGCCAUCAGCGAUUUCAUCAACAGACCCAGCUGGAGCAAGUUCCAGGCACAGAAGGUGACCUAUGCAAUGUCCCGCACAAAGGAUAUCCUUGGACCGAUGCUGGAUUUGGAGAAGGUGGAUCGUGACAGCGCAGACCACGAGCUUCAUAUCAUUUGUGAGGAGGGUGUGGAGCUGUCCACCAAACUCUUCACCUCCCCCCUCUCGUUCCAGUUCAUCUUCAACGAAUGCGGUAUCAAGUUCAGCGACCAGUCUCACCGGCCUCUGAACUCGAGCAUCCCAGCACGCGAACUGCAGGCCCACCACUGGCGCGUGAUGUGUGUUGUGACGCCUGGUAUCACGUACCGCAACGACGCCGGUGUCAGUGUGGACCCGCGCUUCUUGGCCAAGGCCAAUGUCCUUCUCAUGCAGUAA